AUGGCCGGCAGCGACAACUUGCUGCUCUGCAGCACGUGCGGCACGCAGUUUGAUAUCCCGGCUGACUCGCCGCCAAGCGGGUGUAGGAUCUGCGAUGAUCCACGGCAAUUCGUUCCGCCAUCUGGCCAGUCUUCGUGCUGGACCAGUCUGGGAGAGGAAAGAGGAAAGCAUGAGAAUCAGUGGAAGCAGGAUGGUGUGGAAAAGCGCAUGUGGUCCAUCACCACCGAGCCAAAGCUUGGAAUAGGGCAAAGGGCCAUCUUCUUGGAGACGCCCGAGGGCAAUGUAUUAUGGGACUGCAUUGCCUAUCUGGACGAAAAGACAAUCGAAACGAUCAACUCCAAAGGCGGCUUGAAGGCUAUCGUCAUCAGCCAUCCGCAUUUCUACACCACGCACCUGGAGUGGGCCAAAGCUUUCAAUUGCCCCGUCUACGUGUCGAGGGAGGAUGAGAAGUGGCUCAACCGCGUGGACAACUGGAACCUUCGAAGAUUUAUCGAAGGUCUAACGGAAACUAUUGUGCCUGGUGUUACAGCUAUCAAAGCUGGAGGCCACUUUGACGGAAGUCUGUGCCUCCACUGGGACAAGAAGUUACUUCACGCUGAUACACUCAUGGCUGCGCCGUCCGGCCUUUACCACAAAGACCGCCAGCCCGGUACUAUUAGCUACUCGUUCAUGUGGAGCAUACCGAAUAUGAUUCCGUUACCGCCAUCGAAAAUUCACCACAUCUGGAAGGCGGUAAAGCCUUUCGAGUUCGACGCAACACAUGGUGGCUUUACUGGUUCUGACAUUCGCGGGCCUGACCUGAAACAGAGGAUCUUGGAGAGCAUGAAGAUUCAGGUGAGAAGUAUGGGUCACGAUAUGCAUUCACUUCUUGAGGAGCCAUCUCCAUGA